AUGUUGCCAGGCAUUACCAAACCCUAUGGACAGCUUGUUUCAGGGAGGGGAAACAUAAGAGCUAUCCUCGACCUGUGGCACUACAGGAGCGUUCAUAUUGCUAAACGUAUAUCGGAAGGUUGUGAUCUAGUUAUAGCUAUGUUCAUGUCCAUAUGGGUGGCCUUAUUGCUGUGUGAUCUCAGAAAGAUUAGCGUGCAGUGCGUAUAACCAAAGAUUAAGCGUUAUUAGCAAGCUAUAGCUGGAACAUAUUGCGUACAUAAUCUUUGCUUCAUUGACGAAUAGGCCCGGGAACGUUGAAGAAUUGCCUAUGCUUAACGAUGCCACAUAACAAGAUACCCGGCCGCUUUUGGUCCGAACUAGGUGAAUCGGAAAUCACCUUCAAGUUACAAAGUAUAUUUGGACGAGUCCCAACAGUGGCUUAUAGGAUGGUGAGUGUGAAAAUGCUCGGUGCCACUGGCACGAGAUGUGGGUGUCACGGUCUAGUAGGCGCUGACUGACCGAAUAGAAAUUGAAGAAGAUCGAAGCAAAUUUAGGGAACGCAGAUAGCCACUGGUUGAAACAAAGAGAAACCACUGGCAAUAUAGUCUGCGUU